AUGGCACGAGAAGAGGUUAAAAUGCAAUUUUUGAGUACGUAGAAGAAGACACGUUGCUUGUUGUGCUUGCAGGUAAUCCGAACGACAAGGUUCUGUUCGCAAGAUGUCGAUCGAUGCCAGGUCGCCUCGAGAGGCGACAUUCUCUGCGACUUUGGGGAUCGGCCAGACGCUUACACAGAAGCGGAAGUUCGCGGUCUCUGCCAAGAAGGCCAGAAAGAAGCGACACAUCGUCGAGCGCGGAAUACGCCAGCACCGACAGCGCGCCCCAUAGUCCAACCAGUGAGUUCAAUCGGGGAAGGGAUUGUUUUGAGAAAAUAGGCCUACUCUCGAGGCUGUUCCGGCGAAGCACACGGAGGAAGGGUGCCCCGUUAAUGGGCACGUUCAGCGCUCAGUAUCCUCCAACCGAGUGGUUCAAUCCACGUGUCGUUCACCUACACAGCGUAGCCACGCAAACGAGAGCUGCAAGUCCUUCGAUGAUGGAGGGUCUAGAUCAAUCGCAGGCCAGUUUCCAAGUAUGGGACGACUCGAGCUCGGUGCGAUCGGCCACGCUGCCCAGGCGACACCGACGCCAAGCGAGCGGCGAUUCCUCUAGUUUAUUGGCCAACUCGACGCCCAGGAGUUCCAGACGACAUCGAUCACCCUGUUCGACACUGCCCAGAUCAAAGUGCUCCAGUUUAAGCAGAUGCACGUCCAGAGCCUCUGUCCUGCCUGCGGCUAACAAUCAGGAGCCGUAUCAAAGUCGCAAUCAAACGCAAAACGGCAAAAACUCGGCCAACUCGUCACCGAGCAGAAGCGGCGGUAGUUCCGGGUCCGUUGGCACUGCAAACGCCAGCCCGGCGAAAACGGCCACGCUAGGCAGAUCCAGCACCAGACAGUCGAAUUCCAGGCGACCCAGUCACGAUUCCACCGGCAGUGGUACCAAGUCAAACGGAUCGCCUCAGCAUAAGGUUCUACAAAAGACAUCGUCCGGUCACUCGUCCCACUCCAGUGGAAAAUCCAUCUCGAGCGGUAAACUCUCGUCGUCGCCGUUGAAAGCGUCAACGUUGCCAGCGAAAUCCUCGCCGUUGAAAGUGGUGCAACAAGGAUCGUUGACGCCGCUUCAAGAGGCACAGAAUUCGAUAACACUGCAGGUGUCGACGAAUUUAACACCGGUGAGCCCGUCGCAGGAGCAACGAGCGAUACAGAACAGCGUGACACUGGCCUCGAACGCGACCAGCACGACGACCAUCUCCGGGUCACCCGGCACGAAGAUCUACGUGCAGCAGAACAACUCGCCCAUGAGAUCGGUGAUCACGUUCGAAAACGGCACGGUGAAGACCAAAGUGGCUGAGAAGGAAACCGACUGCAAGGAGAAACAGGAUCGGGAACUGAUCGGCGAGAAGCUGUACAAGAGUUGCAAGAUAGACGAAGAGAAGCUGUUCAAGUCGAGCAAGCUCCACGACGACGAGAAGCUGAACAAGUCGAGCAAGCUCGAACGUCCGUCCUCGCUCUACGCUUCCAAAGAAUCGAAACCGAGCCUCCUCUUGUCGGAAUCUGACAAAGAGAACAAGCCGAAAGUCGACGAGGAAUUGCCUAACAAACUGAAGCUGACGAAUCGCUUGAACAACAGCCAAGCACACCUGAUUGACGGAUCGACCAACAACAUAGACAAGAACGCUUUGGUAAACGAGCAUCCACCACCGACCACGUUAACCAGCAUGAAGAACACCAACGACGCGAUGAACAAUUCGAGGAAACUGAGUCUAUCCCUGUCGAAGGACGCUCUGAGCUACAGGAACCUUCUACGCCCCGGCUCGAAGAACAACAUCGCGUCGAAUCCACCGUCGCCCAGCAAAUCGUUCGACGGUUUCGGUGGCUCAUUCAACAACGUCUACAUAGAGAACCUCGAGGCCUCGAAGCAGCAGAGGGCGCCGCAAGGUUCCGAACCGAAUCUCGAGAAAACGGUCAGCCGAGGUGAUCUUUACUCGUACCCGAGCCUCAGCGACAUGCAAGUGCAAUUCACCAGCCUGGCGGCGCAAAAGAUCCUCAAGGGCUGCCCAAUUAACAGCGUCGACACGUUGGUCGAGGUCAACAUGGCGGCCGCGGAGAAGCCGAACAACUGCGACGUUACCGUUCACACCGACUUUGGACUCGUUUAA